AACAUAACAAAGAAGAAAGAAAUAAAAAAAAAAGGUUCAGACCGCCGAAAAGAAACGACUUUGAGCGUCCUAAGAUCUCAGAUUCCUUCGCCUUGAAGAAAUCUGGUAGCAACCCAUUACCUACCCCAGAGAAAAGUAAAACUAAAACAAUCUCAAAGAUCAACUCUUUUUCUUUUAAUUCCAAAAUCAAGAAAUGCUCCACCAUUGAUUCAAGAUGCAAUCAAAGAUCGUCGGCGGCGGCGGCGGCUUACCUCCGGCGUUUUCUCUCAUCCCAAGCUUAAACAAAACCUUCACAUUCCACCAAAUCCUCGUCCUCAUCAUCACCUUCGUAGCCUACGCUUCGUUCCACGCCUCUCGCAAACCUCCAAGCAUCGUCAAGAGCGUCCUCGGACCUUCCCUUGAACAAGAAUCAAACAACGGAUGGGCUCCGUUCAACGGAACCGAAGGAACAAAGAGACUCGGCGAGCUCGAUCUAGCCUUCCUUUCUUCCUACGCUCUCGGUAUGUAUUUCGCUGGUCACUUAGGAGACAGGAUCGAUCUGAGGCUGUUUCUCGUGUUUGGGAUGAUGGGAAGUGGGAUCCUCACCGUUGCUUUCGGGUUAGGGUAUUGGAUGAACGUGCACCUCCUCGGGUUUUACAUGACUGUUCAGAUUGUUUGUGGGUUGUUUCAAUCUAUUGGGUGGCCUUGUGUUGUCUCUGUGGUUGGCAACUGGUGCGGGAAAGAGAAGCGUGGGUUGAUCAUGGGUGUUUGGAACUCUCAUACUUCUGUUGGGAACAUUGUCGGCUCGGUUGUUGCUUCCUCGGUGCUUGAUUCCGGGUGGGGAUGGUCUUUUGCUUUGCCUGGUGGGUUGGUGAUUGUGUCUGGAUUGGUUGUGUUUAUGUGUCUUGUUGUCAGUCCUCGUGAUUUGGGGUUUGAAGAGCCUGGGAAAGAGAUUGAGAUGAGUUUAGCUGCUGACACUGUAGAGGAGGACAAGGAAGAUGAUGAUGUUGGGCUUCUUGAAACUAUAGAUCUAGAUGAUGAUGAUGAUUCUUUGUCAGCUAUUGGGUUUCUUGAUGCGUGGAAGUUACCUGGUGUUGCUCCUUUCGCUUUCUGCUUGUUCUUCUCCAAACUCGUCGCUUACACGUUCCUCUAUUGGUUACCAUACUACUUAAGGCACCAAGCUGUUGCGGGUGUUUAUAUCUCCCACAAAACCGCUGGGAUUCUCUCGACAGUGUUUGAUAUUGGAGGAGUCUUUGGUGGGAUAUCAGCAGGUUUUAUCUCCGACAUGAUCAAAGCACGUGCACUCACAUCAGUCGUGUUCUUGUCGCUAUCCAUACCUGUCUUGAUUAUGUACAGAGUCUAUGGGAGUGUGUCCAUGUUCAUCAACAUCGGUUUGAUGUUUAUAUCCGGGUUAUUAGUAAACGGUCCUUACGCACUCAUAACCACAGCCGUUGCAGCUGAUCUUGGAACACAAGACUCCAUUAAAGGGAACGGCAGGGCGUUGGCGACGGUAACAGCUAUUAUAGACGGUACUGGCUCCGUUGGGGCGGCUCUGGGACCGUUGCUUGCUGGUUAUAUAUCGAGCAGAGGGUGGAAUAGUGUGUUUUUCAUGCUUAUUGUUUCGAUUUUCUUUGCGGGUUUGUUCUUGGUUCGGCUUGCAAAAGCUGAGAUUAAAGAGAUGAGUAGUUCUGGUGAAUUGAUAGCGUCUAGUGGUCCUUAAGGCUCUCUGAUGAUUUUGAUCCCAAGAGGAUUUUGUAUACCAUUGUAUUAUCAGGUAUAUAGAUUCAAACCAAACCAUACAGAAGAAAUGAAAAAAGAAAAAGACAAUGUUUUGUUUUUUACCA